AAGGAAGAUAAACAAAACAUUAUUGGGGUUAAGAUACAGGACUGAAGAUUGAAGUUCAAUUGAAUUGAAGGAUAGAGCUUGUGAAUUAGAUUUAAACAAAAUUCUGUGCAGAAGUGGAGUUGAAAAUGUCGUCAAUUAUUGAAGAAAUGUUUGAAAGCUGCCACGAUGAUCCGUGUCUCAUUAUCGAUUAUCACAAAUUUGGUAGAGGAAUGGAAAAUUCUACAUCUAUGACAAAUUUUCAAGUAAAAAGAACAAAACUGUUUGUUUGCUGGAAAAUCAUUGAUAAUGAAUUGGUACCUAUAGAUAAAAACAUCUACGGUAUCCUAUUCGAUACUGAAAAUUAUUUAAUUCAAUGGACUUUUGAAUUCGUUUUAGAAGAUACAAAACUGAAGGAAGAAACAAUGUUUUAUUAUUGGAGAGGUUAUCAAUCUUCUAAAGGUCUUUCCCCUUUGCCCCCUACCUUCAAUAAUGAGAAUACAGUUGUUGAAAGGAUUUGUCAAUGGAGUGAACCACCUAUAUUUUUUCACAUAUUAUUUCCAAAACAUGUUAUUGUUUUUAGUGGUUCCGAAGUAAACUUCGAUCCAUGUAAAUCUCGACUCUUCAUGCUUAGAGGAGAAUUGCCAAAAGAGAUUCAUUUAUAUGAGUUACAAUUUUUGAAGAAGAAUUUGAGAAGCAGGGCAAUUUUUUUAAUUGUAGUUCCUCAAGAGAAAUUCAUUUAUAUUUGGCAGGGUGGAGCUACGAUUGAGAAUAACUCUUCAGUGUGUCUGAAUCUGGCAUCAGAAUUGAAACAGAUAGAUAAUAACUGGAAACGUUUUACAAUUAAACAUGUUAAUGAAAGCAACAAUGACAUAAUUUUUAAAGAUGACCAGACUGAAUACUUUCAUCUAGAGGGAAAGUUAGAUUUUACUCCACGGCUUUUUUAUUUCAAUUCUAUUACAGAACAAUUUUCAGCAACUGAGGUUCAGUAUUCUUUGAGGAGUACUGGUCAUGUGGCAGCAUUUCCAUUUUUGCAGUCUCAUCUUUACAGUACUGAAGAACCAGCACUUUUUCUACUCGACAAUAAUACAGAAAUCUGGUUAUGGAAAGGACAACGAAGUACAACAAAGGGCGAAGACGACGAGCCAGAUGAUUUUAUUAGGGUGUUUGAACAAGCAAAGAUAACGGCUGAUGGGUAUGCCAAACUAAAGGAACGUAUCAUUGGCAAAACUGUUUCUAUUUCAUAUGUCGAGGCUAGAUCGGAACCUAUACAAUUCACGAAUAUUUUUCCCUAUUGGAACACUGAGUGAAUUUGACGGUCAGUUUGAGCUAUUUUGGAAAAGAUAACACGGAUCAUUUCUUAUAAAGGAAACAACCUGAAAGUAUUAGUGCUGCGUGAUGAAAGUAUUAUUUUGGUGAAAUUUCAUUAUGAAUAUUGUAGCAACAGUUUUGGUUUGAAUAUAAUUUCCAUUAUUAACUAA